AUGAUGGGAGAUUACACGUCAGCAUUAAAAUCGAAUCAAGAAGCUCUUGAAAUGAGAUUGAAACUAUAUGGAGAAAAUCAUUCUGAGACUGCCCUCAGUUAUGUCAUGAUUGGGGCGACACAGUAUGCGAUGGGAGAUUACAAAUCAGCAUUAGCGUCCAAUCAUAAAGCUCUUCAAAUAAGCAUAAAUCUUCAUGGGGAGAAUCAUCCUGACACAGCUGACAGUUAUCACAGAAUUGGAGAAACACAACGCGAGUUGAAAGAUUAUGAUUCAGCUUUAAAAUCGCAGGAAAAAGCUCUUCAAAUCAGAUUAAAAAUAUUUGGUGAAGAUCAUCCUAAGAUAGCUGCCAGUUAUUAUAAGAUUGGAAUUACAUACUUUCAGAUGAAAGAUUACAAAUCUGCAUUAGAGGCGGAGGAAAAAGUUCUUAAGAUCAAGUCAAAACAGGAUGGAGAAGAUCAAUCCGACACAGCUAACCAUCAUUUGCACAUUGGAAUCCUACAAUUUAUGAUGGGAGAUCACCAGUUAGCAUUAGAGUCGGGACAGAAAUCGCUUAAGAUCAGAAAAGAACAUAACGAAUAUCAUUCUGAUACAGCUAAUAAUUAUGAAUUCAUUGGAACCAUACAAAAAGAGAUGAAAGAUUACAAGUCAGCAUUAGAGUCAGAAGAAGAAGCCCUUAAAAUCAGAUCAUACCUGUAUGGAGAAUACGACGACGCGACAGCCAGGAGUUAUCACAACAUUAGAGUUGUUCAGGAUUGGAUGGAAAAUUACCAUUUAGCAUUGAAAUCAAAAUUAAAAGGUCUUAAAAUCCGAGAAAAACUACACGGAGAAAAUCAUCCCGAUACGGACAAGAGGACCACAUAUGAUGGGAGAUUACGAGUUAGCAUUGAAGGCAGAACAAAAAGCUCUUGA